UAAUCUCGGGACGCGCAACGUGGGGGAGCGGGGAGCGCGACGGACGAAGGAGGGGCAGGGCGAGAGCUUCGGGGAGACUCCCACCCAUACCGCGCCACCGAGCGAGCGAGAUCCCGCCCUUCCCCCUUCUCCACCCACCCACCCGCCCUGCCGGACCCGAUCCCGAUCUGAUCUCGCCGCCGCCGCCGCGCGCCGGACAAGAUGGCCCCCGUGUCGGCUCUGGCCAAGUACAAGCUGGUCUUCCUCGGCGACCAGUCCGUCGGCAAGACCAGCAUCAUCACCCGCUUCAUGUAUGACAAGUUCGACAACACCUACCAGGCUACGAUUGGUAUUGAUUUCCUGUCGAAGACAAUGUAUCUUGAAGAUAGAACUGUGAGACUCCAACUCUGGGAUACAGCUGGUCAGGAAAGAUUCAGGAGUUUAAUUCCAAGUUACAUCAGAGACUCUUCAGUUGCUGUUAUUGUAUUUGAUGUUGCAAGCAGGCAGUCUUUCUUAAACACGUCGAAGUGGAUAGAGGAAGUUCGCACUGAGAGGGGCAGUGAUGUCAUUAUUGUGCUUGUCGGGAACAAAACUGACCUUGUGGACAAGAGGCAAGUCUCCAUUGAGGAAGGAGAAGGCAAGGCAAAGGACCUCGGUGUGAUGUUUAUUGAGACCAGUGCUAAAGCUGGUUUUAACAUUAAGGCUCUGUUCCGCAAGAUUGCUGCUGCACUGCCUGGAAUGGAGACCCUUUCGUCAGCAAAGCAGGAAGACAUGGUUGAUGUGAACUUAAAGUCCAGCAAUGCUAACUCAUCUCAGUCGCAGGCACAGGCCGGGGGAUGCAGUUGUUAGCUCCAGUCCCUAACAGUGGCAGCUCAUGAUAUCAAAGAUCCCAUGCCCAUCAAACGGCAUCCCUACCCAAGUCAAUGAACGAGAACCAUUUCCGUUGGAAAGAUACGUUUUUUAUGUGUUCUUAGUAUUUUGUCAGUGGCCUAAGCUAGCAACAGUGUAUAGUUGGGUUGGCACUGUGAACUCCUAUCGCUCGGCUGAGUAUUAGAGUUAGUGAUUGGUUUAUGUUUCAACCUAUAUUUCUGUCGCCCAUCUUGUUGCAGUCAGCCUGAGUCCUGUGUUUUUCUAUGGUGUACUGAAUAUAUAUAUUGGAAUUUUUGUAAGCUAA